AAAACACUGACUGACGAUGCAUUUUCUGUCGGUGCUUUAACAAAACAUCACAGAAAUUGCCGCGUCUAGUGGGACGAAAUUUGCAGGCUCGUUAAAAAUUGAGUUCGACGGUUCGAAGCGAGUUUGUGACGUGAUCAGUUUAUUGUUAACGGUCCUUUGCUAUGGAGUGGUCAGAAGAAAGUAUUUUAAACUUAAUUGCAACAUAUAAAUCAUAUAAAAUCUUGUGGGACCCCAAAGAUCAAGAUUAUUUUAAAAAAGAAAGAAAAAUGGACGCGUGGAAUAAGGUUUGUUCAGCCGUCGGAAAAUCGGUCGAGGCAUGUAAGAGGAAAAUGACCAGCUUAUUGGCGUCAUACAGGAAAGAAAAAAACCGCAUUAAAUCAUCAAUGAGAACAGCAAAAGGAGCACAUGAAGUAUACCGCAGUCGUUGGUUUGCAUAUAAAGCUUUCCGGUUUCUAGAAGAUAGACACAAGCCCCGACAAAGAUUAAAAACGGAACAAGAAAUAGAUACCGAAAAGCAGAUAGAAGGUGAUAACAGCCAAAUGGAGGAAGACGGCGGCGAAAUACAAGAGGCACAAGAAACAAUUGUUGCACGUUCUCCAUCACCUACCAAUGAAAUGCCACAAAAGCGACUGAAGAAACUGCAAAAGUUAUUAAUAGAAGAUGAUAUUGGCCUAAUGACGAGAGCUGAAAGUAGAUUAAAAUCCCCCAUUUCAGACCCAGCUGAAGAGGUGCAGGCGUUUGGCAAUUAUAUUAUUUCAAAAAUGAAAUCAUACUCCGAACAGACCAGAAAAAGUGUCGAGCACGCCAUUUAUGAUGUUUUAGUCACAGCCGACAGAGGACAAUACGAGCGUUUACUUCCCUCAACUUCCCCAACACCAUCGCUUUACGAUCCCCUUCAUGUGUAUCCACCUAUUUUAUCUCCUAUGGAUUCCAAGUUUUCACCUAAGAGUAAUCCGUCCCCUCACUCCAUAGAGUCUGAAGGUCAACGACUACCUUCUUUAAUAAAGGUGCGUUCAGACCUCAUAGAUCAAGACGAGUAACAUCAAAAGAAUUUGCUGAGGAUAAGGCUCAGCUGUCAGAUCUGAAUGGGCCUUAAUUAAGUUCUUCACUGCUAAAUCAUAUCAUAUACACUGUGGAAAUAUGUUACCUUUUGGUUUUAUAAAUUAGUAACAAAUACUGAAUCCGAGUGUGCCAUUUUGGGUAUCUAACGAAAAUAUAAAUACAUUUACAAUAGGGCACUAGACCUCACUUAACGUAAAACUGUAUGAACUCGACACCCCUACUAGAGAGUUCACGUAAAAGGAGUGAAAUGCGUCCCCUUUGAAUAUCAACAUGACAUGUCCGAACUUUUUUCUAAUAUAAAUAUCAAAUUAUCCCAAAAGUUCGCCAUAAAGAAUGACCUACAUCGGAGUUACUCUUGAAAUCUGUGUUUUUGGCAGACUUUCCACCGAAGUUAAUUUUAUUUUCAGAUAUUUUGUUCAUCCAUAAAAGUCUAAAUAUCAAUUUUUCUUCAAGUCCACUGAUGAGCCCUAAAUUUUGAAAAUCGGUUUAAGAGAGAAAAAUGUAUCAUUGCAAGACCAAAAAGUUUAUUUUUUGAGAUCACUAUAAAUAAAUGAGAUGGUCCAAAAAGUUUUUUCGUUUUAUGAGAUCUAGUUUAGUGCCUAAACACAAAAAGAAACGGUUUUUGUCCAACUGAGAGCAAGCGGAAUAUUUACCAAUUUUGCAUUGUUUUAUUUGCCACCUUGUAGAAACUUUAUCUGAAGCACCAAUUUUGCAAAAACAUGCGCGAGGCGAAAAAGAAUUGCCCUAAAUUAUCCAAUUUCAAAAUUAGUCGAAAUUUGUUCGUGUAACGUCUAUUUUGUUGAGCAGUUUUUUUUUUCUAAUAUAGCUGUAAUAAUUUCAACUUUUCUCUGCAGUUCAUGUUUAUAUGCAAUAAAAAAUUAUGGUAUAAAUGUUGCACUCACCAUUCAGCUGCCCGCGUCUCUAUCCCAAUAUUCCAGGACCAUUACCAUAGUCAAGAGACCUUAAGAAUCUCGAAGACACUUCCAACAAUGUCUAAUCUCCAAAUAUGCACUUUAAUAUAAACGAUAUUCACUUGUAAUGGCUAUCUAAAACGUCAGAAAGUUCCCAACUUAAAAAAAGAGGUUUACUGUCUACAAUUACACCACUAAUGUGGUAAAUACAACCAAACCGCAAAGUAAACAUUCCUCUUUACGAAAAUUUACAUUUUUUAUAUAAAAAAUUGAAAAAUAGUGAUUGUUUCUACUAUUUUGGCAGAGCGAAUUGCGCGCAGUAUUUUCUAUACACCAUAAAAAAUAGACUAAAUCGACGAAUUUGCACGGGAAUUGCCGAGGUUUGACUCGGCUGGGCAUAUGUUUGUAAAAAUGGUUUGUCUAAUUUUAUUGAUUAAUUUGAAACUUGCGUUGUUAAAAACACUUUCAUUUGAAAAUUAAUAUAUACAAUUUUUGAAUAUGGAUUUUAUUUAUGACCGAACCUAACCGUAGACUGACUUAACUUUAACUUUAACUUUACCUGUUCAGGGACCGAACCUAACCAUAGACUAACUAUCUUUAACUCAAUUCUCAUGCCUUCUGACCAAACAUCUAAUGACUGAAUUCUCGUUUCUGCUGAGGGUUCUUUUAUAGUUAAAUUAUGCUGAUCCUAGCAGAAACGAUACUACGUCUUAGUUUAUAAGAAUAGCCGGAAUAAGUGGCCAUACAAUUGCCCAAAGGUCCUAAAGUGACUAAGGGAAUACGCUUUCAACCACACAAUCAUACUUUGUAAACAUUGUUGUACAUUGUACUUGUAACACAUUUUAACCUUUAAUAAAAACGACAUUGGACAUUCUA